AUGGAGCUCUAUUCCCAACUGUUUCUAUACCUCGCCGUCCUCUACAUCUCUCUGUACCUUCUCUUCCUCGUCUUCCUAAAGAAAUCCUCCGCUCCUAACCUGCCGCCCGGCAAAAGGGGAUGGCCAAUUAUCGGCGAGUCCCUUGAUUUUGUCGGUGCGGCGAAGAGCGGUUGUCCCGAGAAAUUUAUAAAUGACCGUACCGCCAAGUACUCACCGGAUGUCUUCCGUACCUCGUUGCUCGGGGAGGACAUGGCCGUGUUCUGCGUGGCCGCCAGCAACAAGUUCUUGUUCUCUAGCCAGAACAAGUACAUCACCACCUGGUGGCCCACCUCCAUGAAGAAGGUCGCCAUCUUCCCCGAAACCAUGGAGAAGUUCAACAAGGAUGACCCCAAGAAAAUGCGCAGCUUCCUGCCGGAAUUCCUAAAACCCGAGGCCCUCCAACAUUACAUACCUAUCAUGGACUCCAUGACUAGGGAGCACUUGGAGAGUGACUGGUCUCCUCAUAAGGAAGUGAAGGUGUUUCCUUUGACAAAGAACUACACAUUUGCUUUGGCAUGCCGCUUGUUCAUGAACAUUAAGGACCCUAAGGUCGUGUCGAAAUUCGCCGACCCAUUUGCUCGUAUUGCUCCGGGAUUCACUUCGGUGCCCAUCAAUGUUCCCGGCACGCCAUUCAACAAAGCAGUUGAAGGAGGAAAAGUAAUAAGGCAAGAGCUUCUGAACAUUAUUAGACAAAGGAAGCAGGAGAUUUCAGAGGGAAAAGAUGCAAACGCGAGGGACUUGCUGUCUCGAUUGCUUACCGAAGCAGAUGACGGCGGUAGUGUUUACUACGAAAUGUGUUAUAGGAUCGGUGAUGCGGCGGAAGCGGAUCGUAACUUUGCAAUUAAGUCGGGAGCCGUAGAAACGAUAGAGAAAUAA